CAGUCCUCCAACUUUACCAUGAACACCUACCUCUUCAUAUAUGACUUGAUGCAAUUCUGUGGACAUUCCUGGAUAUUUACAAAUAUGAUCAUCAGGUUCAUGUCAUUUGGAAAAGAUUCACUGGCAGACACCUUUUACUCCAUAGGAUCUGUGAUGCGCCUUUGCCAGUUGUUAUCUGUAUUGGAGAUCUUACACAUCCUCAUUGGCAUUGAUAAAAGUCGUCUCUUCCCCAGGCUUUUGCAGAUCACUGAGAGAAUAAUUGUUUUAUUUGUUGUGAUCAACAGUCAGGAAGAAGUUCAAGGGAGGUACAUCGUGUGUGUUUUGUUUUUCCUUUGGAAUGUAUUAGAUGUGGUCAGAUACACUUACAACAUGUUAGCAAGGAUGGGAAUAUACUACCUACCACUGACAUGGCUCAACUUCUCACUGUACAUCCCGCUCUACGCUCUUUCAGUUCUGGCUAAAGCAUUUGCAAUUUGUGUAUCACUGCCUUAUUUUGAAUCCUUUGGCACAUACUCCAUCAAGCUACCAUUUCCAUUUGCCUUCUCAAUCUACUUCCCCUAUAUUCUGAAAGCGUAUCUGCUAGUGCUCUUUAUAGGUAUGUGCUUUAUCAUCCAGAACCUCUUCUCCGAAAGGAAGGCACACCUAGGGACAGGCAGUAUCAAAAAGAAAAGAAGCUAA